UAGAGUCAGAUGGUAGUGGAAAGUGUUGGGUUUGGUUUAUCAUCAGAAAGAAAGAGAGAGGAAAGAGGAGGCACUCAUCAAAGUUCCUAACCAUACUUAAGGACUUGACUGUGGUCCAGCGCGGGGACCAGACGGGACAAGUGGGGACCUCCAGACCCGUGCAGAAGCUUUCAGCUAUUAUCCCGGGUUUUUGAAGUUUUAGCAAUGGAGUCUUUCUCUGCUGAGACCAAUUCAACUGACCUACACUCACAGCCCUGGGAUGAACCCCAUGUAAUUCUCUCCAUGGUCAUCCUCAGCAUCACUUUCCUACUGGGGUUGCCAGGCAACGGGCUGGUGCUGUGGGUGGCUGGCCUAAAGAUGCAACGAACAGUGAACACAGUUUGGUUUCUCCAUCUCACCUUGGCUGACUUCAUCUGCUGCCUCUCGCUGCCCUUCUCCCUGGUCCACUUGGUUCUCCAAGGACACUGGCCCUAUGGCUGGUUCCUAUGCAAGCUCAUCCCCUCUAUCAUCAUCCUCAACAUGUUUGCCAGUGUCUUCUUGCUGACUGCCAUUAGUCUGGACCGCUGUCUGUUGGUACUCAGGCCAAUCUGGUGCCAGAAUCAUCGCAACGUGGGAACAGCCUGCACUAUCUGUGGUUGUAUCUGGAUGGUGGCUUUGGUGAUGUGCAUACCUGCAUUUGUAUACCGGGAGACGUUCACUAUAGACAACCAGAGUAUGUGUGGCUACAACUUUGGUUACCAUGGCUCACUAGAUUAUCUAGACUUCACCUUUGAUCUACUGGAAAACGGGUCUUUUGACAACUCCAUUGCUGAUCCGCCUGGAGAAAUGGAUGACAGGUUAGAUUCCUUCUCUCCACAAACCAAGGAUCAGCCUUGGGCAGCCACCACUGGCCUCCAUUCCCCAAAAUUUCAAAGAACUUCUAGAGAUUCACUCCCUAUGGAUUCAGCUAGAUUAUCUGUUCAACAACCACAUUAUGAUCUAUUCCAGUCUGCUGAUGAAGUCUCAGCUACACUCUCCAGUGACUUUCCCAUUGAAGAUCACAGAACUCACCCCCUGGAGAACUCGGAUUCUUUUCUCCCUGAUGAUUUUGAGAUUUUUCCUAAUGCCUCCAGUGAUUCCUUAUACAUAUCUGAGCUAUCACAAUAUUUCCAGGAUGAUUAUUUUGGCCAAUUUGCGUAUAAUCAUCAAGUGCCAACACCCCAGGUAGCCAUAACCAUCAGUAGGCUAGUGGUGGGUUUCCUGUUGCCCUUUAUCAUCAUGGUGGCCUGUUAUAGCCUCAUUAUCUUCAAAAUGCGUCGGAGCCGCUUCACCAAGUCUCGGAGCAAACUCUUGAGAGUCACUAUGGUGGUAGUGGUUGUCUUCCUUGUCUGCUGGGCUCCAUACCACAUUAUUGGAGUCCUCUUAUUGUUUACUGACCCAGAUGCUCCCUUUGGGGAAUCUCUGUUGUCCUGGGAUCAUGUGUCUCUUGCUCUAGCAUCUGCCAAUAGUUGCUUCAAUCCAUUCCUCUAUGCUCUCCUGGGAAAGGACUUUAGGAGAAAAGCAAGACAGUCCAUGCAGGGAAUUCUCGAGGCAGCUUUCAGUGAGGACAUGACACACUCUACCAGCUGCCCUCCAAACAAAACAUCUUUUGAAAGAAACAGUAUCAGUACAGUUGUAUGAAAACAUGGAGCCACUGACCUAAGUAGAGGUUCUUAGGCAAAUGCAACAUGUUUCUUAAAAGACAGGAGAGAUGGGGAGCAGGGGGUUUCUUGCAGAGACCGUCAAAGAAUCCAUCUGGAGGUUCUCAAAGUGUGGUCCCAGACUAGUGGAAUGAGCAUCACCUGGAAAGUUGUCAGAAGUACAAAUUCUCCAGCCCCUCCCCCUGCAGGCUGGCUGAAUCUGAAUCUCUGGGGGUAGGGUCCCAAGAGUGUUUACACAAGCUCUCUUGUUUCUGAUGAAUGCUAAACUUGGGAAUCACUGUAAAGAUAGUCUAUUUCGAUCCCCAAAAAAGGCACGUGAGAUAAAUGAGAAUGCAGUCUGCUUAAAAAUGAUGUUUCAAAAAAAAAAAUAAUAAUGUUUCCAUUGUCAAAUAUUUUAUAAAUUUCCUUCCAGAUUCAAUUUCUUUUUUUUUUUUUUCUGGGACUUUAUUUUUGUUUUGAAAAUAAAUUCAUUUGUACUAAUUUUUUAGAUUCCAUGGAUAAAGCUUGAUCUUUUUUCUUCAUUUAUUUUUAUUAGUUGGAGGCUAAUUACUUUACAAUAUUGUACAGUAGAAAUUAACACAACAUUGUAAAUAACGUACACUCCAAUAAAUUGGAAAAAAAAAAUAGUGCUGGCAAUGUUUAUUGGGCUUCCCUGGUGGCUUGGAUGGUAAGGAAUUGAUAGCUUAUGGUGAACGGUGUCGGAUUUGUGAUCUCUGAAGAAGAUGUAGCUUCAGGACCAGGGAUCAGGCUUGAUCACUCAAGAGCUUUUGUGUAGCAGAGUUUAUUAAAGUGAAAGAGGGCAGAGAGAGCUUCUGACACAGACACCAGGAGGGGGAUGGAGCAUACCCCCUACUAGUCUAAGCAGGGAGCUGUACACUUUUUCAAUUGGUUACUACAAUAAAUCAAAAGAAUGUCUCAAGGUUGUCAUGGUCUUACUAGAAAGUGAAAAGUGAAGUUGCUCAGUCAUGUCCGACUCUUUGCGACCCCUUGGACUGUAGCCCACCAGGCUCCUCCGUCCAUGAUAUUUUCCAGGCAAGAAUACUGGAGUGGGUUGCCAUUUCCUUCUCCAGGAGAUCUUCCACACCCAGGGAUUGAACCCGGAUCUCCCGCCUUGUAGGCAGACAGUUUACCGUCUCCAGAUUCAAUUUCAAACCAUUUCUUCUAGGGCUCCCUGAGUGAAAGAUGAUCUUUUAUUCAAUGGCUUUGUUGGGGUGAUGGCAGUGGUGAUGGUUUUAAAUGAAAAAAAAAGGCAGGGGGCAGCAAAAAGAAAAAGUCUAAAAACAAGGAACAGCUCUAAAAGGACUGUUUCUGAAUAAAGUUGGUGAAACGUGAAAAACAAACAAACAAGGAGUUAUGAGACUGAGUUGGGAGCAAGUACAAGACCAGAUGCCUGCUACUUGGUGCCGGGAGCUGUUAUGGGGGGUCCCGCCCGUGACGAGGUCAUGAAGAAAAUACCGGGCAGGCAAGGCCAUCCGGGACCCCAUCUAUGACGAGGUCACGAGGAAAAUACCUGACAGGCAAGGCCGUCUAGGAUAAGGGACCCUCGAGGUUGGCCUCGGCCUCUACCCCACCCUAUAUCCUCCCCGCUUUUCUGCUGUUGUUCUUGUUUGCCCUGCUGCGGAUUCUUGUGUUGCCUGCCGAGAGCUCUCCUGCUCCUCUUUCACUGAAUGAAGACCAACUUAAAACCCUAAUUAAUAAAUCUUCUGGACGCUGGUACCUAUGAAGGGGCCAGGGAUGAAGGAAAUGCUUCAAUUCAAACCCUUUUGCUGGCAUUCUGGCUUGUGUGAUAAAUAUGUGCUCUCAUUGCAAAAAAUGCUCAUGAUUGUUCUAAACAUCCUAAGCACAGUACACUAACAAAAGAAACUAUUAAGCAUAGGUCCCUCCGCGGGGUGAGAAAAGCUCCACAAAUAUGACAGCCACAAAUGUGCCUAAUAGAAAAUACUUUAGAUAGAGAUUAGCUGGUGACUUCUUGCAGGUAAUUAACUUUUAGACUAAGAGCCUGUUUUGUGCCAUAUCUGCUGUUUCUGCAGUCCUUCGCAUUUCUUUUCUGUAAAAAUGUAAUCCUAUAUAGUUCCCAUAGAGAUGACGCUUAUUAGAAAGAAAAUAGAUUAAUUAUAAGAAAAAAAGUGUCAGCUACUGAAGUUGCUUAAGUCACACCAGGUGCAAGCCAUAAAAUGUUAGCAGGCCUGAAGGCCAAAUGAUAAGAAAGACUCUUGUGAAUGAAAAAGUAUGUGGGUGACGUCCUGUUUCUGUUGAAGGUCAAGUUGCUGUAAUGUUUUGAGAUGCCCUGUGUGUAAGCAAUAUGCACUUCCCCCAAAGAUGUUGUUAAGGGUAUAAAGGGGCCGUGCAAAAAUAAACUUCAGACUUAGCCCCGAGCUUUGUCA